CUGAAAUAACUCCAUACAGAAUGCACCUUCAGUGCAAAUUCUGCAGGACUUGAUUUUGCAGAACAGUGCCAUGUUGCAGACUGCUGGUUGCUUCAGGCGUGUUGGGUCAUGUGAGGAAAAAACACGGCUAGUAGAGGAGUAUCUGAAGUGGUACAUCAUCCACAGAAACAGCACAGCAAUCGAGAGAUUCAAGGCUGGACUUGAAACACUGCAGUUCCUGACAGCUUUGAAGGAACAUCCAACAGUUUUGACUCCUGCUCUCUGUCACACUGAGGUGAAGCUGUCUGCUGAACAGGUAGAAAAUCUGUUCCAGCCAGUACUCAGUCCACAAGGCAGCAACAUGAGGACUCAGGAAGACAAAGCCAGGACUUACUGGGCAGACUAUCUUCUUGAUUGUGAAGAAGAUAACAGCGCUGUGACCUUGGAGGAGGUGUUAAUGUUUGCUGCAGGUGUGCCCUGUGUGCCUCCUGCUGGUAUGAGUCCUCUGCCACGCCUUCACUUCAUGUCUCCCUCAACAUCCAAAUUCCCAAUGGCGAAUACCUGUGCCAACAUUUUAAAGAUUCCUCUUUUGGACUCCUAUACUGCCUUUAAAGCCAACAUGGACUUCGGAAUAAAGAAUUCCCCUGGCUUUGGGUGCUUUUAGAGCAAUGCAUUUGUUGUAAAAGCUAUUGUUGCCACACCUGUUUAGUUUUGUUUCAUGGAACAAUGUUAUAUUUCUCUUGCACUUUAUAAAACACAAGUUGCACUGAAAAAAUUGCAUUUUUAUUUAUUGCAUUUUUAUGUUUUGUACGCUUGUUUGUAUAAUAAAGAUACUGUACUACUGUU